AUGGCGUGGCGAACCAACCCGCCCUUUAGCACCUGCAACAAGAGGGAGUCUAGUCUGGAGACCUUGGGGAAGGGCGGUAUGUGUAUCUGGUCAGUUUUUACUUGGUCUGGUGGAGUGCAAUGUCGGGCUAGCCAACAUCAAGCUUACAUCAAGGCAAGGUUUUACCCCGACGAGGAUGGAUGGAAAAAGGGACAGUCAAACAAGGCCAAGACGUCUACGGGCAUUUCCUAG